GGCAGGUUCCGGGCGCGGAGGCAGGUCGUGAUGGCUGCGGCUGGUUCCGCGGCUGUGUCCGGGGCAGGGACCCCGGUUGCGGGGCCUUCAGGCCGCGACCUCUUCGCCGAGGGACUCCUCGAGUUCCUGCGACCCGCUGUGCAGCAGCUCGACUCUCACGUUCACGCGGUCAGAGAGAGCCAGGUAGAGCUCCGGGAGCAAAUUGACAACCUAGCCACAGAGCUGUGCCGGAUCAACGAGGACCAGAAGGUGGCCCUGGAUCUCGACCCCUAUGUUAAGAAGCUACUUAAUGCGCGGCGUCGGGUGGUCUUGGUCAACAACAUUAUACAGAAUGCCCAGGAGCGGCUGAGGCGGCUGAACCACAGCGUCGCCAAGGAGACGGCCCGCAGGAGGGCCAUGCUGGAUUCUGGAGUCUACCCCCCUGGCUCUCCAAGCAAGUAAGCGCAGACAGACCUAGGCUUCAGGGAAUAGCACAAGGACUGUCCUCCAGCUGCCUUGCUCGAAGACAUGAGUGGAUUCUGGGAGAUAAUCCCCGUAGAAGGCAGCUCUGCACUUAGGCUUACCCAUCUGUGCAGGGGCCCCAGGAAACCUGCAUACCGUGGGACUCAGGUGCCCAAAGGAUGCAAAUCAGUUAUCAGCUGAGGCCUCUCCAUACUGGAGGCCCACUGUUCAGGCCUCAGUGGGCAGAGUAGGCCUCCUAGGUUAACAAGCCCGGGCAGCAUGUCCCCUCCCCGUGAGAGGGCAAAGGCAAGGCGAACAACGACUCCACCCUCUCCUGCACUGGCUUGAAAACGCUAGCAGUGUUGCUAGACCAUUUAAUUCAAUAAAUGCUUAAUGAGUACUCCA